UACACGCGAAGCAGUAAUUCGAUUAAUAUGUCCGAGUCCUUAAACAUUUAUUAAUUAGGUGUGUACUGUUCGUCGCAUUGUGAUUGUAGCUGUUCAAGCAACACUUGUCCUCUAUGAUGGGUCUAUUGAAUAUACUGAAGAAGUUGCGUUCUAAUCCUGAGAAAGAGUUAAGAUUGCUGCUCUUAGGGCUAGACAAUGCUGGUAAAACGACGCUUCUGAAGCAGCUAGCGUCUGAAGAUGUGACGCAUGUGACUCCUACGGCCGGGUUCAACAUUAAAUCGGUGUUGUCCAGUGGUUUCAAGCUCAAUGUGUGGGAUAUCGGCGGACAGAGGAAGAUUAGACCUUACUGGAGGAAUUAUUUUGAAAAUACUGAUAUUUUAAUUUAUGUAGUAGACUGCUCAGACCACCAAAGGCUGGAGGAGACAAGCCAGGAGCUGUCGGAACUGCUGCAAGAUGACAAGCUCCGGAAUGUACCGCUCCUAGUCUAUGCUAACAAACAGGAUCUGUCUACUGCGUUACCUGCGAGUGAAGUGGCUACCCAUCUCGGUCUACACCUGAUCAGAGACCGCACCUGGCAGAUACAAGGCUGUGUGGCCACUGACGGCACAGGCGUUAAAGAAGGCAUGGAAUGGGUGUGCAAGAAUAUCCCUGUUAAAAAGUAAUCAAAAAAACAAUUAUCAAUAUUAGAUUUAUCAAUUCAUAGUUGUAAUGCUUUGUGAUUUUCAUUAGAGAUAGAAAAUUGACACAUUUUUGAUCUCAUAUCUCAAUGGCUUAGUAUUGAUAAGAUAUUUUUUUUAUAAGGUUAGUUAAAGGAAACCAAAGUUGCAGAUGAUCGAAAGAUAUGAAAGAGUUAAACUAGUAUCGGUAGAACUUUUAGUAGACUAGUAGUUAUAUGUUUGUUAGGCCGAUAAUCCACUAUCAUAUGUUUAAUAUUGUUUAUCAAUUUAUCAUAGUAAUAUGAUGAUAUGCAACAUGCCGUCCUUUUUCUUCACGUUGGAGAAAAAGGGAGGCAUACCGACAUUUGGUCAUAUUUCUAUGAUUAUGAUAGGUGUUGAUUACCACUUACUAUAAUUGUCUUAAACAAGAUAAAAGAUUUGGAUCUUAAGCAUAGUGAGGGUUUCAAGCAGUAAGGUAGAAAUUUUGCUGAGAAUUAACCUAAAGGCUCCAUAUGCAAAAAUUCAUAGCUGUAUAGUGAAUAAGAAGGAUCCGAAUCUAAAUUAAUCACUUGAUUUUAACAAUUUCAUUAAGAAUGACAUUUUUUUUUGUAUCGAUAAUUAUCUAUUUAAAUAAGUACAUAUUAUCAUAUCUAGUCAUUUCUUAAUAGAUAAUAUUUUAAACAAAAUAAAUGAAAAAAAUCCGUCCAA